CUGGACAAAAUGGUGGCUGUAUGGGUUGUGUUGUUCACGGUAGCAGUUGUUUUAUUGACGCUUUGGAUAUUAAAACAAGAACGGCGAAGAAAGCGUAUAGAUAAACUUGCAGGUCCCCGCUCGCUGCCUCUUAUUGGAAAUCUUCACCAGCUUAAACGGGAUCCUAAAGAAUUUACCAUACAACUGUACGAGUUCUGUAAGGAGUAUGCCAAGUUUGAUGUGUUCAGAUUGAUGGUGGCCCACCACCCUCUUAUCCUCGUUUGUAGCCCGGACGAGAUUGAGCCAUUAAUGAACAGUUCGAAACACCUCGAUAAAUCUUCUGACUACGAUUUCCUCCAUUCCUGGCUAGGCACCGGCUUGUUAACGAGUACUGGUGAAAAAUGGAAAAUGCGGAGAAAGCUUCUUACACCGACCUUUCAUUUCAAAAUUUUGCACGAUUUCAUUGGGGUGUUCAGUGAUCAAAGUAACAUUUUGAUUGAAAAAAUGAGAGCGGUUGCUGACGGAAAAACAACAGUUGACGUUUUCAAUGACAUCACAUUGUGCGCAUUGGAUAUCAUCUGUGAAACUGCAAUGGGCCGAAGCGUAAAUGCUCAGAAGAACAGCGAUUCCGAUUAUGUGCGAUCUGUGUAUAAGGCGUCUGAGUUCACGUUCAUUCGACAAAGGUCGCCAUGGCUUUGGCCAGACCUUCUGUUUAACCUUAUUGGUCCGGGAAAGGAUUACGCCAAAAGUCUUAAGAUUUUACAUGGAUUUACUGAAAAGGUUAUAAGAGAACGACAAGAGGAGUUUUCAAAGAAAUACACGUCUGACACAACGAUGGAACAACUACUGGAAAAGAAAGACCAUGACAAGAUGGAAGGGAAGCAAAGACUUGCUUUCCUGGACAUGCUCCUUUGCGCCACGUCUGAUGGCGAACACAUGUCCUUUCUGGAUAUCCGCGAAGAAGUAGACACCUUUAUGUUUGAAGGUCACGACACCACGGCCAUGGCGGCCAAUUGGGCGCUACAUUUGAUCGGGACAGACCCAGAAGUCCAGAAGAAAGUUCACCAGGAAUUAGAUGCGGUGUUUGGUAGAAGUAACCGCGAUGCGAUGAUGGACGACUUAAAGGAGCUGAAGUAUCUGGAAUGCUGCAUUAAGGAAGCUCUUCGCUUGUUCCCGUCCGUUCCUGUCUUUGGUCGAAGCCUUACGGAGGAUACAACCAUUGGUGGAGUGUUCUUGGGGAAGGGUACAAGCGCACUGAUUGUCCCCGCUGCUAUCCAUAUGCGAGAUGACAUUUACCCGGACCCUGAUAAGUUUGACCCCGACAGAUUCCUUACAGAAAACUCCGUGAAGAGACAUCCUUAUGCAUAUAUUCCGUUUUCGGCUGGUUCAAGGAAUUGUAUUGGACAAAAGUUUGCGAUGUUGGAGGAAAAGGUUAUUUUGUCUACAAUUUUCCGAAACUUCUCCGUGAAGAGUAUGCAGGACCGGGAAGAGUUAUGUCCCUUGGCGGAACUCAUCUUGAGGCCCGGAAACGGUAUUAAGGUUGUCCUAACACCGAAGUAAACGGCCAAAUGACGCUGUCACCAAAAGGAUGACCAUACUAUAUAGCUCUUAAAUGUUAUAUAACGACAAUUCGUUUGGUAUUAAGUGUUUGUGGUGGUUGUUAAUUUCAGCAAAAUAGUAUUAAAAUGUCUUCAUCGAUUGUAAGCAUUGAAGGCGGUUUGCAUUGGUGGAUUAAAAUCAGUUGAUAAGACGUUGCAAAACACGACGCGUACGUUAUCUUGUAUGUGUAGCUACAUAUUGCAGUUUCAUUUGAUGUUUUAACUUGAACUUAUAGGUUCGUUGAUUCUUAUAAAUCACUUCCCAUGCGCAUUUGUAAAAACCAUUUUAAACUUUUACGAUGUACAUGUACCUGGAUGACGUAGUCAACAACAAGCACAUACCUGGAUGACGUAUACAACAAUCACAUACCUGGAUGACGUAGUCAACAACAAACACAUACCUGGAUAACGUAGUCAAUAACAAUGCAGUUCACACGUACAAGUAGCGUUUAGCAACCUCCAAUGUGUUUCAUUGCUUAAUUUAUAGUAUUAUAAUUAUUUAUGAUUAUUAUUAUUAUUACAAUUUUACAUUUCACUUUUUAAGAUUCGCAGGCUUUCAAGUGGAUCCUACUUUCGUUAUAUUUUGCUUCCUCUUUUCCCUAAAUUUCGUGAGGAAAAAAACAACUAUCCCCUUUUGUUUGUGAUAAAAUAGUUAAAGAAAUAAUAGUUCAACAAUGCCCUCUGAAUAUUGGAAAUGAAGAACUCAUAUUUAAACAAUUCCGGUUGGCAUGCCUGCGGAACUCCCUAGCUAGCUAGUUGUUUUUAAAUUGUGACUAUUUCAAUAACAAAAUAUUAAGAAAAAUCAUGUACAUAACAUUUGUACAAAUGUUCAGUAGCUAUUUAAUUGCUUUAAACCGGGUUAGUAAAGAGCCAUAGUAUCACUUUGUUUUGCCCUGAAUUCUUUUUUAAUACUAUUUAAUUCGGGGGGGGGGGGGGGUUGCGUGUUGCUGUCACUUGCAAGCCCGGACUCGUGUUCGAUUGGAGAUCAAACAUAUUGUCUGAAUGUUCUUGAAGAAAUCCAUUCAUUUUUGUAUAGCAAAUACGACGUGCACUUCUAUGACAUAUGUCCAUUUAAGAAAUGCCUUGCGUAAAUGUUGUCAUUAACAGGGUACGGACGCAGUUAGGCUGGUUAAAGUGUGUGCACUCCAAAGACUCCACGUGUACUUGAAACAGCCAAACUGCGUUCAUAUCCCCGAUAAUGACAUCAAUCAUGCAAUCCAUUCCUUAUAUUUACACCAAUGGCUCAUUAUUUGUUUCUAGAAUUGUUAAAAAAUACUUAAUUUCAUUUAAGAAAACCUUAACAUUUGUUUCUCACACAUUCUGUAAAUGGAACGACCCGACCGUAACCAGAAACAGUUUAUCAUAUGGUGGCAUAAAAACACUGGAAAAAAUCAAUCACAUCAUAGUUGAUACGUUAAAUCACUUUCUGAUGUAAAAUUGAAACGCUAAUGACAACAAUACAUUUUACGAAUCAUAAAUUUACACUUUUCAAAAUAGUGAUUUAAGUUUGUUAAUGGUCUGCUGACUCAAUACAAACAAUAAGUUAAAAACAACAUGAUUAACAUUUUUCAAUGUACUUGUAUAUUAUUGUGCGAUGAUUCGCGAUCCGAACAUAUCCGAAGAUGAUGCGUCCUUCGGAAUAUAUUAGUAAUUGCCAAAGGAAUGGAGGCUAAGCUGUAAAUAUUUAACUUUAAAGCUGCACUCUCACUGAUUGAACGUUUUGACAACUUUUUUGUCUUGGAAAGAGCCAAUUUUUGCAAAAAUCCAUGGAAACAAGUGAUAUAAGACUGCUGACAAAAAAAAAUUAGAUCGCAGAUUUUUAUAUUGAAGUUCAAAAAAUAAUGUUUUAUGCAUUUUUCUUAAACCGUCAGUAACGGUUUAAGCCAUUAAACAUUAAUUUUCGAACGGACAUUUGCAAAUCUGCGAUCUGAUCUUUUGUCAGCAAUCUUUAUCAUUGGUUAGCAGAUAUUUACGCACAAAUUUGCUCUUUCCAAGACAAAAAAUUAAAAAAAAGUUGUAAACACGGUAAAUCUGUGAGAGCGCAGCUUUACCAACGGUGCUCUUUACAGUUGACUUCAGAGGUAAGUUUACUACAAAAGGAUUUCUGAAUUAUUCAUUUCUUAAUUUCAAUUUUGUGUCAGUAUAAGAAACAUUCAGGGCGUGUUGUGCUAAGUUCAUUUUUGUGUCAGUAUUAGAAAUAUUCAGGGCGUGUUGUGCUAAGUUCAUUUUUGUUUGAUCAUAUAGACAUAUCUCACUUCCAUAUUCAAUUAUAAUCAAUUUUGUGUGGCCGUGCUAACGAACAGAACAUGUGUUUGCUCUGUGAUAGAUUUUUAUAGAAUUAUUAGCUUUGUUCUUCAAAACAACAAAUAUGAGAGAAUGUUUAAAAACAUGUGAGUACAACUUAGUCUAACACGGUUGGUUAAUUGUAGUUGUUAACAGCUGUAAAUAAAUAUUCUGAAUAUUUAUUUACACUUCAACAACGUUAAGAAUUAUCUCUUUAAUUUGUGUCAAAAACUUUUUGUCUUAAAAUAAUUAUAACGGUGUCCAAGUUUAUUGUGGAAACGCUCUUCAUUUUAAAAAAUGUGGUACCGACUUCGUUGCACAUCAGUUAGAUUCAUGUUUUGUAAAUUAAUUUGUUUGUAUUCCUAACAAGCAGGGUAUGUUGCUAAGAUUAUUAAUCAUUUAUUUAUCAAGGAUACAAAACAUUUAACGUUGCACGUGUCCCGUUGAUAAGAUAUGUCACCCAUAACGCCCUAGUACUCGUACAUAUACAUGUUAUAGAUUCAGUUACAUGGCACCGUGUUAGAGAAAUCCAUUGUUCUACGAGUGAUUUCCAUGAUGGCUGUAUUUUAUGUUGUUUGAUUUGUAAUUUGUUAAAUAAAGUGAUUGCUAGAUUGAAA